CUAAUGACGCCGGGACACCUCUAGCGUCAGAAGCUCGACCUCAUAGAUACAAUUCCGAUAUAUUACUCUAGCUCCCGUGCUUCCGCUCUGGUUUCAACCAAGAUCGACGCUCCCCACAUGACAGAUUAAGGGUGUCAUAGAGGAGGACCCCCAAAACACGCACCCCGUCUCUGGCGCCGCUGCAUGGGAGAUUCUCGGCAGGCUAUAGCAUGCACCGUUCCUUGCCUAAAGUAUCAGACGAAGCUUUCCCCUCAAUUUAGGGAGAUCACAGGUGACCUCAAGCCAAUAUCAAUAUCCGCCGUUGAGGGGGAAAGAGGUCCGAAUAACUGAAACGCGCAUCUCUCGGGAUCUGGCACUGGGCAUCGUAAGAAGUAAGCAUAUUAGGCUUUGACGCCAGGGCUCCCAGAGCAGUCAUGAGGCGGAACAGAGUGCCGCACUCUCCGCCUUCGCCCUAUAGGGCCCUGGCCCACCACCCGGCUAAUGGCCAGCCUCCGGAUUCCGCCUCCUUGAUUAGGUCAUUCAACAGCGAGACGAACCCGACCCGGCCGAUACGUCCCUCCCCGCUCACGGCCUCGACCAUACCUGAUAUGCCGCUUGAUCUGCUCGAUCGCAUGAGGUCUUUCCCGCUCUUCAUGUCAGCCCCCGAGGAAUUCCUCGUCGCUAUCGGAAGGCAUUUAAGACCCCAAGUCCACGCAGCGCACGACCACAUCUUGACCGAGGGCGACGAAGCAAGAGCUAUGUACUGGCUGGUUAGAGGCGUCGUUGGCGUAACAUCGCGUGACGGCGAGGCGGUAUAUGCAGAGUUAAAACCAGGCGCCUUUUUUGGGGAGAUAGGCGUUCUUAUGGAUAUGCCACGAACCGCCACCAUCAUCGCGCGCACAAAAUGCCUUCUUCUCGUACUCAAGAAGGAGGACCUUCACUUAGAGUUACCCAAGUUCCCUGACAUGGAGAAGGCGAUCAGAGAGGAGGCGCACGAACGACUAACCAUUCUCAACAAGAAACGCCAGGAGAAUGGACGGAGUGUCAAGGGUGCUAAGGGGUCAGUCACGACUAGAGAUGCCGCUCCUGGUAAAGUGUUUACGGGAGAAGUUGGCGUCAUCAAAGAAGGGGCCGUAAAGAACACCAAGAAGAGGAAAUCGCCGAGUCCGGGCGCUCUCGAAGAUGCGGCAGCAGGAAGUGCGCUGGGAAGCGGCCUCGUAAAUGUGCGGCAGACGCUUAAAGAGCUCCCGUUAUUUUCGACGCUGCCUCCCGACAUCCUCCAUUUUCUCGGAAUGAGCGCGCAGCCCAAGACCUAUUCCCCUUUUACAGACAUCAUCAAGCAAGGAUCAGCCGGAAACGAGAUCUACUUCAUAGUGCGAGGCGAGGCGGAGGUGAUUCACGAGGUCCCCGGAGGGAAGCAAGAGAAGAGGAUAACGAGGUCAUCUUUAAUUAGGCCACGUCUAAGACAGGGGCAGUAUUUCGGGGAGGUUGCUAGCUUGGGCUUGUCGGUGCGACGAACUGCGACUGUUAGAUCCAUCACAGCCGUCGAGUGUCUUAUGAUCAGCGGGGAGGCCUUAGAAGAGCUGUGGAAGCGAUGUCCCCCGGACAUCAGGAAACAGGUUGAGGACACGGCAAAAACUAGGAUCGGACAGAAAGACGAAGACGUCGAGAUGAAAGAUGCGGAGCCUACGACUAAUCACGUCGCAUCACCAUCUACACCUACAGGAGCAGGACCCACGCCGAAAGUCACCUUCACAACACCUUCCAAACCGGCAUCACCAGUCAAGGACGAAGCAGAUCAGAUGGAACCAAAAGAUCCGGAUCCGUAUCUAAGUGUCGACAUGGAAAACUUGAGAAAUCGCAGACGUGGAUCUCUUGCUCCACCAACACCACAACCUCCUGAAUCUUCAGGCACACCUAUGACUAAUGGUUUGCGCUUGCGCGUGAUCGAUACAUCCACUACAGCCAGAUUCCCAGUCGUAUCGGUGUCUCCAGACUCGGAAGUGCCGGCGAAGAAGGCUAAGAUCUUACCCAACCGGCCACAUCCGAGCCAGGAACCUCUCCUCCCCGACGACAUUCUAGUAACAAUUUUCCAAUUCCUCGACCUCGCCGAACUCAUUCGUAUGCGACAGCUCUCUUCUCACAUGCGCAAGCUCCUCGCCGAGUCACCGAAGCUAUGUACUGACGUGGAUCUAACACCUUACAACCGCUUCAUAACAGACGAAGCCCUCAUCAACGUCAUUGCGCCGUUCCUCGGACCGCGGCCGGUCUCGAUCGAUAUCAGCAACUGUUUCCACAUUACCGACGAAGGCUUCUCGGCGCUGUGGAAGAUGUGCGGCAAAAACAUCAAGAUCUGGCGAAUGAAGUCUGUCUGGGACGUCUCGGCCAACCAGAUCCUGGACAUGAGCGACAACGCCAAAGGGUUGGAAGAAGUCGACUGGAGCAACUGUCGCAAGGUAGGCGAUAACCUCCUAGCUCGAGUCGUCGGCUGGGUCGUGCCCGAACAUCCCCCGCCGAACGCGAAGCAGAUGAUUAUAUCGAACUCCGCCGCACGUCUCCGAGCCCAGCAACAACAGCACCAGCACCAGCAAGGCCAGCAACAAGGCCAACAGAGUCAACAGGGUCAACAAGGACAACACCAACAACAACAAUCACCGCAAAAACCCCCACCUCAAACCAUCAUCCUUCCACCCCCAGGCACCGUAAUCGGCUGCCCCAAACUCAAGCGCCUAAACCUAUCCUACUGCAAACACAUAACCGACCGGUCCAUGGCGCACAUGGCCGCGCACGCGUCCUCACGCCUAGAAUCGCUCUCCCUAACGCGCUGCACAUCCAUAACCGACGCAGGCUUCCAAUCCUGGGCGCCCUUCCGCUUCACUAACCUCUCGCGUCUCUGCCUAGCAGACUGCACGUACCUCUCGGACAACGCGAUCGUAGCGCUCGUGCACGCGGCCAAAUCCCUCACGCACCUCGACCUCUCAUUCUGCUGCGCGCUUUCGGAUACCGCGACGGAGGUCGUCGCGUUGGGCCUGCCCCGCUUAAAGGAGCUGAAGAUGGCGUUUUGCGGCAGCGCGGUCAGCGAUAAUAGUCUUGCGUGCGUCGCGCUGCAUCUUAAUGAUCUGGAGAGGCUUAGCGUGCGCGGGUGCGUCCGGGUCACGGCGGCGGGUAUCGAGAGCGUGCUUGAGGGAUGCGCGGGGCUGCGGUGGGCGGAUGUUAGUCAGUGUCGGAAUUUGGAGGGUUGGGUUAGGGCGGGUGGGGUUGCGAGGUGGGGGUUUGAUGAACGGGGUGGAGGAGGGGGGAGUAGUGGUGGUGGGGGGAGCGGGAGUAGUGUGAGUGCGGAUAGUCCUGUCGAGGUCGAGAGCUCGAGUCCGACGAGGAUGGAGGCGCUGUCGCCGGGAAGGACAAGUGUGCUUUCGCCGAGGAGUAAUAGUUCGAGGAGCGUGGAUCGGCAUGGGAGACCGGCGGUUGCGUUUGUGGUUGAGAAGGGGGCGGGGGGACUGCGGUGAAGGGUUGGUGUGGUGUGGUGUGGUGGUGUGCAAACCUUGAUAUCGAAGUUGAUAUAUCGAGGAUAGAAGUAGUCAACAGGGGAGGCAUAGAGGAGGCUCGGUCUGCGCAUUUACUACGACAUAGAAGACGACGACCUGAUGAUAUUCGCGAUAUUUCGCGCGCAUACAUACGUACAUACACACGGACAGACAGACGGACGGACGGACGGACGGAAGGCCUUCUGAUCAAAGUCGGGUUUCGACGUUUCUGUGAUAUACCCAUCGUCAACGUUCACGCAUAAGUUGGUUGCAUGGAGUUUUGUGCGUUAGUCAAAACUUCGAUUUAGUUACUAUCAUAUCCUAUCAUAUCACCGGCAGUAGCUUAGGUGAUGCUUAUGGAUGAAUACGAUUGCGUAUUUUUGUGUUGAUGUGUCUUGGUGACUUUGGGUGAAAUUCGGGGGUUGAGUACGGUGUGGUGAUAAUUGGUGGUAGGUGAUUGAACUGGACUACUAUUCUGAUUACAUGUCGAUACAUCCUCUGGAAGCUAUCGUAAAAUAGGUACUCAGGUUAUUUGGAUGAGGAUUUUGGUACGUUGAGGCUGCGUUCAGAGGGGCAGCAACUCAUUGAGUAACGUUGUCUUACAAUAUUGCUAAUACUACUUGAUAUACCUAGUAGAAUUAUACAAGUCAAAUCUUAGGUAGUUGAUCUACAACAUAGGCUAUCCAGGC